ACUAGCGAGGGGCGGGCACUGCCGGGCCCCGGCCCGGCCCGCUGCCGAGCCGAUCGAUAGCAGGCGGUCGCAGCGAUCGCCGAGCUGUCGAGCAGCGGGGUUGCAGCGGCGCCGGAGGCCGCAUUUGAAGCCUGGUGGAAUACUGCAAUGGCAGCUCAGAUGACUGAUGCUCAUCGGCGGUUCUUGCAGGUCCUGAUGUCUCAUGGGAUAAUGGAAGGAUCAGAGGCUAGGAAAUUACACAGGCGCUGCUGUGAAAUCCAUAAAGAACUGUUUCAGAGAGUCUACUACGCACAUGAUAAACUGGAUGAUUUCAUCAGUACCAUUAACAGCCAUCUACAGCCUUUGUUUAUGCAGAUCCGGAAAGGAAUGUCAGAAGGUGAUGGGAGAGCACAUUAUGCUUUAGUGAAUUUGGCAGAAACUGAAAUAACUAAAAUGGCAUCGGACUAUACAGAAAAUGAAUUAGAAUUGUUCAGAAAAACAAUGGACCUAAUCAUCUUAUCAGAAAAUGGCUUUGCCUCUUCUACAGAUAUUUUAAACUUGACUGACCAACUGAAGACAAAGAAAAUGAAGAAAAAGGAAGCGGAACAAGUGCUGAAAGUUUUUGUGGAGGAUAAGUGGCUCUCUGAGAGAAAUGGAGAAUAUACUCUGCAUACUCGCUGCAUAAUUGAGAUGGAACAAUACAUUCUCAGCAACUACCAAGAUGUGGCAAGGAAGUGUAACAUCUGUCACAGCCUUGCCAUCCAGAGCCAAGUAUGUGAAUCCUGUGGAAUUGGAAUGCAUUUACCUUGUGUCAGAAAGUACUUCAGAGCUCAGACUGAACCACGCUGUCCGCAGUGUAAUGAUUUCUGGUCUUGUGACAUUCCAGGUAUGAGUCGGAUAGACACCCAGUCACCAUCAAAAACAGGGAGAGCAGAGAAGAGCUUCAUUCUUGGCACUAGACGAUGCUAGUAAAACUCGCUUUCAGUGAAAACUUUUUUCCCCACUCGCAGAAUAGCUGGACUGUAUUGUAUUCAUUAGUAACAGUGCGUUUUUCAGUGUACUUAUUUUUUCCUGAAGUUUUAAGGAUUUUACAAUAAAACCAACAUCCUGAAUGAAAGAAUCUUACAAAAAAAAAUCA